CUGCAACCCUAAUUUGUUACGCCUUUAAAGGGAGAGUUAGUUAACAGUUAGAAAGUCCACUGGCAUUCCCAUUUUGCCCUUGGGCUGAAAACAUUCAACUGGGCCGAACAUGCGUGAAAUUCUUCACAUUCAAGGAGGGCAAUGUGGGAAUCAAAUCGGAUCAAAAUUCUGGGAAGUUGUUUGUGAUGAGCAUGGGAUUGAUCCCACCGGCCGGUACACCGGAAAUUCAGAAUUGCAGGUGGAGAGGGUGAAUGUGUACUACAAUGAGGCUAACAAUGGCCGGUAUGUGCCGCGGGCUGUGCUUAUGGACCUUGAGCCAGGCACUAUGGAUAGCAUCAGGACAGGCCCAUAUGGGCAGAUUUUUCGGCCCGAUAACUUUGUUUUCGGACAGUCCGGGGCUGGAAACAACUGGGCCAAAGGCCAUUACACUGAAGGUGCUGAGCUAAUUGAUUCAGUUCUUGAUGUUGUGAGGAAGGAGGCAGAGAAUUGUGAUUGCUUACAAGGAUUUCAAGUAUGUCAUUCUUUGGGCGGUGGGACUGGUUCUGGCAUGGGAACUUUGCUAAUUUCAAAAAUGAGAGAAGAGUACCCAGAUCGAAUGAUGCUUACAUUCUCUGUUUUUCCAUCUCCAAAGGUAUCAGACACAGUGGUUGAGCCCUAUAAUGCUACACUUUCUGUUCAUCAGUUGGUAGAGAAUGCUGAUGAAUGUAUGGUUCUUGAUAAUGAAGCACUCUAUGAUAUUUGCUUCAGGACUCUCAAGCUCACUACUCCAAGCUUUGGAGACUUGAAUCAUCUAAUUUCCGCAACAAUGAGUGGUGUAACCUGCUGCUUGCGGUUUCCGGGUCAGCUGAACUCAGACCUAAGAAAGCUAGCAGUAAACUUGAUCCCAUUUCCAAGACUUCACUUCUUCAUGGUAGGAUUUGCACCCCUGACAUCUCGAGGAUCGCAGCAGUACCGUUCACUUACAGUCGCCGAGCUAACACAGCAAAUGUGGGACGCCAAGAACAUGAUGUGUGCAGCUGAUCCUCGCCAUGGGCGUUAUCUCACAGCAUCAGCAGUGUUCAGAGGCAAAAUGAGCACUAAAGAAGUCGACGAGCAACUGAUAAAUGUGCAGAACAAGAACUCUUCCUACUUCGUCGAAUGGAUACCCAACAAUGUCAAGUCUAGUGUCUGUGAUAUCCCGCCAAAAGGGCUCGCCAUGGCCUCAACUUUUGUUGGGAAUUCAACUUCCAUUCAGGAAAUGUUCAGAAGGGUGAGUGAGCAGUUCACUAUCAUGUUUAGAAGAAAGGCGUUCUUGCAUUGGUAUACUGGAGAAGGAAUGGAUGAAAUGGAGUUUACAGAAGCUGAGAGCAACAUGAAUGAUCUUAUUGCUGAGUAUCAACAGUAUCAAGAAACUACUACUGAUGAACAUGAUGACUACGAGGAAGAUGACGGUGGCUCUGAGAACUGAAUUUGUUCGGCUAAUUUGUUGCUUCGUAUGUUUCGAGCAGUGAUCAAUCAGUAGAUUGAAGUUGUUUUCAUGAAAGUUUUUAUGGUGAUGAUAAUGGAUCGAUGCUUGAAAAAUUUUAAGUAAUUUCUAAUAGCUUUCCUCCAGGAGUUCAUUGGUUAUGUAAGACUUCCUCAAAAUCAUAAAUGAAAUUGCAAUAUUACUGUUUAUUGGCUAUUUUUAUUGGAUUUGUUUA